AUGAAGUUUACACGAAAAAUCAAAAAAAAACUGAACAUUUAUAAUAAGAAACAUUGAAUUGUUAUUUUUUCUAAUAAAAAUAUAAAAGGAAAACCUAAAUAUUUCAAAUUAUUACUUGCCUUUACAAGAUCUAAUGAAAAAUUGAAUGUGUUCUCUUAUGAAAAAGAGAAAGUUUAUUUUUGUGAUCAAAUAAUAGACAGGCUGAUCAUCAGAAAAUAUUUGUAA